AUUCCCAAAUCAGUCUUCACUGUCGUCCACCAAGGCAGGAACAGCCAGUCCAGGCAUCACCAGGACCGGAUGGAUAAUUUAAUCAGUUUCACUUCAGUUAGUUUGGUUCAUGGUGUGCAUUUGAGGAACAUCAUAACGGUCAGAAUCCUCAGUUAUGUGGUUAGAAAUAACCUACAUUUCCCUUUUUAAGUCCACAACAUAUACAUUUAAAUAAAAUAGAACAAGAACAAGUUUUUCUCAAAAACAUUUAUAAUUAAUGUAUAAUCGAUAUUUUAUACAAAUAUGUUUGUUAAGGUUUAAAUACAGGCGUUAACUCAGUCAAGGUCUGAACAUUUUGCAAUAUUUCCAGUGCUGCUCUGUCAACAUGUUAAAAAUUGUAGAUGACAUCAUAUAAUGCAAUAAAACCUGAGAGAUGUCUAACUCUGGGAAAGCAAUCAGCCUUUAAUUAUACUCCAACAUUUACACAAUAUUUUUUUAACAUUUUCAUAUUUUGGUCUAAAUGGAAAAAACAUAAUGUUGUAAAACGAGUUUUAUGAUUUUGUUUUUCUUCCUGUACAAUACAUUUAGGAAAAUGUUAAAUAUCACCUCUCUUUUACUGUCUAAGUUGUAAACCAACCAUCCAGUUUUCAGCACUCAUAAAUGCAACAAUACAUUUAAAAAAAACACUUGUUGCUUUGUGGUUUACAGUGCUUACAGGCAAAACAUUUUUGUGAUGACAGCUGUCCCUGAGUCACCUGCUGACAAUUCUAGAGUAGUGGGCAGGGCUGCAGGGGAUAAUGUGAGCACAGUGAAUUUCCAAUGAGGAAGCGCAAGACGUUUGCUUUUUGUUUUGUUUUGUUUUUUGUUUUUUUCUUUUUGCCCUGGGAGGAUGCUUAAAAGAGAGAGUAUCAGUCUGUGAGAGGAGAAACAGGAGUGAGGCCAGGAGAGAAGAGUGACGGCAGAGCCAGCGGAUCAGACCCAGAUGACAGGGAUAUGGCAGGGUUUAUCUUUUUUUAUUUCACAGUUUUUUCUAUUAUCUUGAAUGUAGGACGUGCAACUGAAGAGCAUGCUCAGAUAAUGGAAGCCACCAGCCCUGGAGAUUUAAUUAUCAGUGGAAUCUUCAACAUUCAUGAAGGUGUAGAUAAAAGUAGGGACACUUUUGAACCCAAACCACUGGAGUGCAUCAGGUUUAAAGAGAGAGGAUUAACAAGGUCUCUGGUGAUGAUCAGUGCCAUCGAGAGGAUGAACCAGUCACCUCAGCUCCGCGAUGUCAAUGUCACUCUGGGUUACAGGAUCUUUGACUCUUGCUCUGACGCCAGCACAGCUCUGAGGGCCACGCACUCGUUCCUGCACAGUACUAGUCACCCCACUGUGGCUGUAAUUGGCGGCUCUAUGUCAGAAAUAUCCAUCGCCGUCGCCCAGCAACUGACACUCAAGAUGAUUCCACAGAUCAGUUACUCAUCAACUGCUGUCAUCCUAAGUGAUAAAAGCCGCUACCCUGCCUUCCUGAGAACGAUCCCUAACGACAAACAUCAAACUGCUGCCAUGGCCAGUCUGUGCAGCAUCAACAGUUGGCACUGGGUGGGAAUAGUCAUCACUGACGGAGACUACGGCCGAUCAGCUCUGGACCAGUUUGUGACCCAGGCCAAUGACAGGCGCAUUUGUGUCGCCUUCAAAUUGGUUAUGCCUCAGUCUGUCACCAGAGCCGAGAUUUACUCUGAAAUCCAACACUGUGCUUCCACUAUCCUCGAGAAUCCAAAGGUGCUGGUCAUUGUGUCCUUUUGCAAGUCAGCUCAGAUGAGGUAUAUCUUUGAGGAGAUGAAGACUCAGGUCAUGGAAGCUGGAAAAAGCACUGAGUCAAUGAGAAGAAUUUGGUUGGCCAGUGACAGCUGGGCCACCUCCUCCUAUGUGAUGAAUGAUUUAAAUCUGAUUGACAUCGGACACGUUGUGGGCUUCACCUACAAAAGUGGAGACACGUCGACAAUCAGGGAGUACAUGGACAAGCUGGAGAAAUCUGGACCUGACUAUGCAAAGAACAACCCCUUCCUGCAGGAGCUCUUCCGCCUGUAUGCUGCCCAGGGAAAAGAAGAGUCUGACGCAGUGAAAACCCUCCAACAGCACAUUCAUGGAGACAUUGUCUUCAGUAUUGAGAUGGCAGUUAGUGCAAUCGCUAAGGCUAUUGCUUCCAUCUGUAAGAACAGAGACUGCAAAAAGCCAGGCACACUCCAACCUUGGGAGGUGCUGAAAGCUCUGUGGAUGGAGAAGUUCACGCUCAAGGGGAAAACGUACAAGUUUGACAGCAGCGGCGACAUCAACUUGGGCUAUGAUGUGAUGAAGUGGAGGUUCAAUGGAAAGAAAACCUACGCGCAUGACAUCGUGGCCGAGUAUCACCCCCUCACCUCCAACUUCACCUACUUCUCCAACAACCUCACCCAAGAGUUCUUAGGACUGGAGAAUGUCAUUUCAAAGUGUUCCAACAGCUGUGUUCCUGGGGAGUUCAAGAAAACAGCGGAGGGUCAACACACCUGCUGUUAUGAGUGUAUCAACUGUACUGAGAACUACUAUUCCAACGCCACAGACAUGGACCAGUGCCUGAGCUGUGACACAAGUAAAGAGUGGUCAGCAGAGGGCAGCUCCAGCUGUACGCCCAAACAACACCUCUACUUCUCCUGGCAGGACGGCUUUGCCAUUGUGCUCGUGAGCUUUGCCGCCAUGGGCAUCCUCCUGACCCUUAUGGUGUCAGCCCUGUUCUUGCACCAGCGUAACACUCCUGUAGUGAAGGCUGCCGGAGGGCCCCUGAGCCAGGUCAUCCUGUUCUCCCUGCUCAUUAGUAAUGUCAGUGCCAUAUUGUUCGUGGGCAGACCCAACAGUUUACAGUGCAAAGCCCGUCAGGUGCUGUUUGGGAUGAGCUUCACUCUGUGCUUCUCCUGCAUCCUGGUCAAGUCCCUGCAGAUCCUGCUGGCCUUCCAGUUUAACCCUGCGCUGCAGCAUGUUCUGCGGAAGCUCUUCCAGCCUUAUGUCAUUGUCAGCCUGUGCGUGGCAGGACAGGCAAUUAUCUGCAUUUGCUGGCUGGUCCUAAAAAGCCCUUUCAAUCAAAUUAUCUCGCAGCCGUCAACUCUGCUGGAGGACUGCAACGAGGGUUCGUACCUGUGCUUUGGGGUGAUGUUGGGCUACAUCGCUCUGCUCGCCUCCGUGUGUUUUAUCUGUGCCUACAAAGGACGUAAGCUUCCGCAGUACUACAACGAGGCCAAGUUCAUCACCUUCAGCAUGCUUCUCUACCUCAUCUCCUGGAUGCUCUUCGUCCCCGUCUACGUCACCACCACGGGAGUGUACCUGUCAGCCGUGGAGAUGGUGGUUAUUCUCAUCUCCAACUACGGCAUUCUCUGCUGUCACUUCUUCACCAAGUGCUACGUUAUCCUUUUUAAGAAGGAGCAAAACACCCAAACUGCUUUCCGGCAGAAUCUGUACGAGUACUCCAGCAAAUCAUCCAUGUCUAUGCCUGGGUCUGAGAAUCAGGUGCCAGAGGAAAAGAACGGUAACAUCCACUUCAUCAGUGCUUCAUCGCUCAAUGUGCCCGUGCCCUGUCCUGAAGGAGCCAUGGGCGUCACAAGGUCCAGCUACGAGACCAGGUUCCCUCAUUUGCACAGAGGCGUGGUCAGACGAAACAUUGUCCACAGGAACAGCAUUUAAAAAGUCCUUACUGGAAAAGACCUCAGGGAUGUGUCUGUCCAGGGACUGGGAUUAUUAUCCAGCUCUGGGAUCCAAGUGUUCAUUUGUAAAGUCCUCUGUCUCAUCAGUAGACUUCAUGUAUAAGGCACUGACAAAAAUACUACAAUCUCACUACAUUGUACUCUGUCUUUGGAAUUUAAAUGGAAUAAUGUGGAUCACAGCAGGUAAGUGGUCCAAGCCCCCUCUAUUACCCCGUCACACCGAGCUGCUCUGCUCUAAGUGUUUCGGGGUUUGUUCAGGAGGUGUGAGUCCUUUGAGUUAACUGUGAUAAAUCCCUAUUUAGAUUUUGAUAAAUCACUAUCAUUUAGCUGUGACAACCUUUGACAUUUACACUUAAGCUAAAAGUCAUAAAAUGUUUUUUUUGGCAACUACCGUAUUUUCUGGACUAUAAGUCGCACCAGAGUCUCUAUAGUAAUAUGGUCCGGAAAAUACGGUUCUUGUUUUAUCUCGCAGGGAUACAGUUCGAAUUGUGAGUAAAAAAUCGAAAGUAUUGUUCGUAUCUCCGGUGUAAGUGAAGUGAAUUGUAAAUAGUCGAAGCUCCUCUCGUGUUGUUGAAAGAUCAGAUUUAUUUGUUGUGAAACUGUAUUAACUAACUUUCUCUCAGGUUCAUUAAGCAACUAGAAUUGAUUGUACAACGGUGUGAACUUCUACACGCACAAAAGCUGUGACAUUGUUUAUUAAAUAUUUAUGUUGAUUUUAUUACGCACAAACUCUGCACUAUAGAAAAUGUUGAUGAAAAAUGUGUCCUUCUUUUGGGGCAACACAGACGCAGGUCUUCAGGGCCGCCGACUAGUUCAAGAGCCAGUGGGGAUUCAUUGCCUUUUGUCCCUCCGUGAAUAUGUUUGUGUGUGUAUGAGUAUGAGUGAAUGUUUUUUGUGCAUAUAUGUCGUCCCUAUGAGUGAUGUGAUCUACCACUGAAAAACGUUGUGCUGUUCAAGAUGAAUGAAUGAAUGGAAGAAUAAACUACCAAAUCCA